AGGGAAAAUGGCUGCAGGUAAAGAGCAGCAGCAAGCUCAUCGACCCGGCGUUUACAAACAGAAAAAUAAACACCACAAACAUGGAAAACAUCGAACGAAGGGGGAGAUCGGACGUGAGAAUAAGGGCAGAGUCGCUGUGGUGGCCCUCAACAAAAAACAGCGUCGAGAGCUGAGUAAGAUGGACAGGCGACACAAAGCCAAUCAGCUCCGGCGCAACAAGAAAGACUCGGUGCUGUCAGAGAAGCGUCGGCUGGGCAGCAGGGAUGGACCGCCUCACCUGGUGGCUGUGAUCGGACUGCACGCACAGGUCGACGCUGCCGCAGUCACCCGUCUUUUGAGAGCAGAUGGAAUUGAAGGAGUGCUGCAUCAACCCCAGGGAGACGCAGUGGAAUCACAGGACAGCUUUGGCCUGGUCAUUUCACGCUUUAAACAGAGAUUCACGUUCUACCGUCCUGACACAGCUGACCUGCACUCGCUCCUGGACGUAGCCAAGGUGGCGGACAGUUUGGUGUUUGUGCUUGAGUCCAGAGAGGGUUGGGACAGUUAUGGAGAUUACUGCCUUUCCUGUCUUUUUGCACAAGGAUUACCAAGUCAUGCUUUGGUUUGUCAGGGCAUCGCCGACCUUCCAGCAAAAAAGUGCACCGAAUCUCGCCGUGCACUCACACGCUUGGCCGAGGCUCGUUUCCCAGAGGCACGUCUCAUCCCCGUGGACACAGAGCAGGAUGCAGUGCUGCUGCUUCGCCACCUGGGGGCACAGAAACAGAGGCGAUUGGCCUUCCGCUCAAGACGCUCACACAUGCUCGUGCAAAGUGCGUCAUAUACUCCCAGCAACAUACAGGAAGGCAUGGGAGGGCCACCUACAGGACUGGGCACCCUGCGGGUGUCGGGGUACAUCAGAGGAAGGCCCUUACAGGUGAACAGGCUGGUCCACAUUGCAGGCCACGGGGACUUUCAGCUCAGCCAGAUUGAUGCACCCACAGACCCUCUGCCCAUUGUCACAGGUACACAGCGGCCUGUGAAACGAGCUAAAGGACAAGAUGUGGAAAUGAUGGACAGGGGCACUGGAGAUGUGAAUGAAGCUGGAGAAGAGGUGCGUGUGUUAAUGAAGUCUGACCCGUCUCAGAGAGAGAGUCUGCAGACAGAAGCUGAAGUUGAUCCCAUGGAUGGAGAACAGACGUGGCCCACCGAGUCUGAGCUUCAGGAGGCUGAAGAAGCCAGGAAGAGCAGAAGGAUCAUGAAGGUGCCAAAGGGCACUUCAGACUAUCAGGCCACAUGGAUUGUAGAUGAUGAUGAAGAGAAUGAAGAUGAUGAGGAUGAUCUGGAGAGCUGCGAUGAUGAGGGGGAUGAUGAUGAUGAUGAUGAAGAGAUGAUGGAAGAUGAAGAUGAUGCUGAGAAUGAGUCUCAGGAUGGUGAGGCUUGUCAUGAUGCAAGGAAGGAUGAUGAGGAUGAAGAUGAGGAAGAGGAGGAAAUAAGCUCUGCAGGCCGUGUUGGAGCCGAGCAGAAAUAUGACGAAGCCAUGGAUGAGGCUGAGGAGGAAGAUGGGCUGAAGCGAUAUCGUGAAGCUCGUUCACACGAGAUGUUCCCUGAUGAAGUGGACACACCGUUGGAUGUUUCCGCUAGGACAAGAUUUCAGAAGUACAGAGGUCUGAAGAGUUUCCGCUCCUCUCCAUGGGACCCCAUGGAGAACCUGCCUCUCAACUACUCGCGCAUCUUCCAGUUCCAGAACUUUGAGCGCACACGCCGCCGCGUCCUGGCCGAAGCAGCAACCGAGGAGGACGGGGCCAUGGUUGGCUGGUACGUGACGCUGCACAUUGAGGACGUGCCUGUCUCCGUGAUGGAGAGCUUUCAGGCAGGAAAACCCCUGGUGCUGGUCUCCCUUCUCCCACAUGAACAGAAGAUGUCAGUGAUGCAUGUGCUGGUACGACGGCACCCCGGUUUCACCGAGCCCAUUGCAUCUAAAGAGGAGCUGGUGUUCCAGUGCGGCUUCAGACGUUUCAGAGCUUCUCCCAUCUUCUCUCAGCACACCAGCAGUGACAAGCAUAAGAUGGAGCGUUUCUUACGUGCUGACGCUCCUAUGGUUGUGUCCAUUUACGCUCCGAUCACCUUCCCGACUGCCGGAGUCCUCCUCUUUAAACAGAGAGCUAACGGAAUGCAGGACUUGGUGGCCACGGGCAGCCUCCUGAGCUGUGACCCUCAGCGUGUGGUGCUGAAGAGGAUCGUGUUGAGCGGACAUCCCUUCAAGAUUAACCGCCGUUCUGCCGUUGUGCGCUACAUGUUUUUUAACAGGGAUGAUAUUUUGUGGUUUAAGCCGGUGGAGUUGCGCACAAAGUGGGGGCGGAGAGGACACAUCAAGGAGGCUUUGGGUACACACGGUCACAUGAAAUGCGUGUUCGAUAGUCAGCUGCGCUCUCAGGACACAGUGCUGAUGAACCUGUAUAAGAGAGUGUAUCCUCGAUGGACAUUUGACCCCUAUGUGCCUCAUCCUGUACCCUGGGUAAAGAAAGAGGAGCCAGAGAAUCUCCACGAUAUUGACAUGGAGUAGAGAGAGAAGUGAUUAUGGACUUUUAGGCGAUGGGCAUGAACUUUACAUUCUUACUUGCUAUCACAGUGUAUACAGUUCUAACAAAAUAAAUGAAUUCAUGAAAUAAACUGCAUGCCAUUAAAAUCUUUCAAAAAAAAUGUAAGGAUCCUCGCCAUGGCCACUAGAUGGCAUGCCUGUAUUAAAAUGAAGGUGCUUGGUUGUCGGCGCUUUUGAUGGACUGA